AUGUGUGAACAUGCACUCGACCAUGAAAUAUUGUCUACAGGAUUUCAGACACUACCGAAUGAAAACCUCGUUGAAAUUGCGUCUUUUCUCAACAUCCUGGAUCUUCGGGUACUGAGUAAGGUCAGCAGGAGGCUUUAUUACUUUGUUCAAGAUUACUUCAAACGUUAUCGAUACAACGCAGCAAUUUGGACUAUGCCGAACGAGAUAUUAUUCGAGGUGGUACAGCACUUAGAUUGGCAAAAAGAUCAAAUCUGUUUUGCGCAAUCAAGUCGGAGGUUCUAUCCAGUCAUCGCAGACUACAUAUCUCGUCACAAUGUGCGGUGUAAUAGAAGCAGCCUGCUAAACUAUGCAGCCAAAAGAAACCUCACGGCGAUGACUCAACGGAUUCUACAGGUGGGCGGAGAUAAAGAAACUCGACUUACAAUUCCAUGGACUGCCAACGACAAGCACUUGACUCCUCUUGCAACAGCCGCUCGUCAUGGGCAUCUAGGGAUAGUCAAGAUUCUUUUGGAAGCCGGAGCUAGCCAGUUCAUUGAAGGGUUGAGGGUUCCGCUCCUUGUUGCCAUUUUCGCCCGACACGAAUCUGUGGCUCUGCUACUUUCUCAACAGCUGUGCGCGUCUGUCGAACCUUUGGGAAAAAGUGCAGGCACGGUGUUACAGAUAGCUUCGGAAGUCAAACUGCCACGCUUGGUGAAGCACUAUCUCAACGACAGAGACGUGCAGCUUCAACGACAACUGGACGUCAAGCACGUACACAAUCUCAGCAACGCUUUGGUGCGCGUCCUUUUGGUAGACUUCAGCGAUGCAGAUCUGCUCAAGAGGAAGCUCGAUGACGAUGCGUACCGGAUCGUGUUUAUGCUGUUGCAGCAAGGCGCCAGUCCAGAUAUUCGC